AUGGACGUGAUCUCCCCGUCAUCAUCGCAAACGGCGUCGAUCGUCCCUCCUGGCCCGCCGGGCACAAGCGGUGCCGAUAUGAUCUCGUUUCACCACACAAUGGAGGACCACGAUCAAGCGCGCUUCCUACCACCACCUAGAUCUUUCAGCGGUGGAUCCAGCACCGGCUCUCUGUCAUACGAUGCUGCGGCAAGGAGGACGACCACACAGCCCAUCGCGACCCCGAGACUCGGUGCAGCUCGCUCGGCACAGACCCUCUCACCACCUCCAUCCACCGGAUCCCCUCCCGAACCAAGCACCUCCCCUCCGAGGAGCUCUGGUAUUGCUCGGACCCUCUCAGUCGGCGUGGCUUCUCUCACUGACCGCUUGCAUCAUCAGAGGCGUGCUAGCGAGACCUACCGCAGGAUGCGCUCGGGCAGCAACGCCGCCGAGACCGACGCCCACCAUCCGCCUCCCUCCCUCUCUCGAAGUAUAUCCAAGACAGUCCUACCCACGGCCCCCUUGGUCGCAUCACCUCCACCUCUCACCGAGGCAGAGGAAGCGUCUUUCCUUCCGUUGGCAUCCACCUCCUCGCGGUUGUCGUCCAACGGAGAGCAACCCAAUUUUCGAGUACCUUCUGACGCAGCAACCGGAUCUGGCGACAAUGCAUCCGGGCCUACGGAACCUCAGGCCUCUCCCGACCCGCUCGAAGUGCAUCCUUCUAUAUCUCGAGAUUCCUCUCAACUCUCUGGGCAUUCCGAUCCGGUAUCACCAGCGAAUCCCGCUUCAUCCUCUGUGGAUCCAUCGAGCGAACUGCUCCUCCCCGAGGGCGAAAAGAUGCUCAAGGUCACGCACAAAAAGGUCAAGCCUCGCAUCUUCAAGCUCGAUCCAGAUCGUGGUCAGAUCCUCUGGGAGUCCAAGAAGAACAAUCGCGUCAACCUCGAGUCCAUCCGCGAGGUCCGCUUCGGGCCCUCGGCUGCCUCUUACAGGACCUCCCUCAACAUCUCCUCGGCGCACGAACCUCGCUGGGUGACCAUCAUCUAUCAGAACGGCGGCAUCUACAAGGCACUGCACCUCAUCGCCCUCUCUGAUGCGUCGCUCGCAAGAUGGCGUACCAGCCUCCUCCAUCUUCAGUCUCUGCGCAGGGAGCUGAUCGGUGCCGUUGGAUCGUCCGCCAGCAUCGAACAUCGUCGCCAUCUGUGGAUGCGGCACCACUGGAAGGAUGCCGAUCAGUCCAACGACGAGAAGCUCUCGAUCGACGAAGUCAUGCAGCUCUGCCGCAGGCUCGGCAUCGAGUCCAACAAGACGCAUCUUCGCCGCUGCUUCAACCUCGCAGACUGGCGCAAUCGUGGCUACCUCGACUUUCACGACUUUCAGCACUUUGUCUCUCUGCUCAAGCAACGCGCAGACGUGCAGAGCAUCUUUGCUGCAUGGGCCGACGUCCCGCUCGAUCGUGGCCAGAGUGCAGCGACCGAAUCAGCAGCCCCAAACCCCGGUCAAGCUGGCGCUGCGGAGCUUUCAGGUUCCGUUCAGAGGCCAGACUCGACGAAUGCCCAGCGAACGCCAUCAGAGGCAACACUUGCCGUUUCUGUCAACAACGCCACGCUGGCAGCAGGACCUGAGCCGUGUCGCACACGAGCCAUCUCCAUCGAAGCCUUUCGCCGCUUCGUCCGCGAUGAGCAGGGCAAUCGACACUUUAGCGAUAAUCAGAUCGACGACCUCUUUCGUCGACAUUGCAACAGCCGCCUCUCGGCGUCGCUACCCCCGGACGCGCCGCUCGAAAGGGCCCAGAUGGACUACGACGGCUUCCUCGACUUCCUCUCGUCCUCGGACAACCCACCCUUGGUCGAUCAGCUUCCUCUCUUCGCAACCAUGACGGCAGAGCCCGAAGCGUCGUGUUCGACGCGCAAGCUCCUGGCAUCACCCUCGGCUGAUGCGGCGCUGCAGGCCGACUCGACGCAGGCUCAGCAAGGAACACCUGCACAGCAGCAGCAGACGCCUUCCCGUGCCUUUGCUGAUACAACAGAAGAGCUUAUCGCUGCAGGCGCCUGCGACUCGACCGCCAACACUCGCAAAGUGGCCGCGCAUCUUCGCAAAUCGACGGUGCACCACGACAUGACUCGGCCACUCAGCGAGUACUACAUCAGCUCGAGUCACAACACGUAUUUAGUGGGCGGUCAGUGGAAGGGUGACAGCACCGUAGAAGGAUACAUCCGCGCCCUGCUGCAAGGAGCCCGCAGUGUAGAGCUGGACUGCUGGGAUGGUCCCAACAACGUGCCUCAGAUCACGCACGGCCGCACGCUCACGAGCCGCGUCCCGUUCCAAGAUGUGAUCACGGCGAUCGCGCGAUAUGCCUUUGUCACCUCGCCCUACCCGCUCAUCCUCAGCCUCGAGGUCCAUGCAGAUCCGCCCCAGCAAGAUGUCAUGACUCGUAUUCUGAAGGACACUCUGGGCGAUAUGCUUUUGACACAGCCCGUGGGCUCUCGAUCCCUGCCAGGAGCCGAGGACGAGCUGCCAUCACCGGAAGAGCUCAAAUUCAAGGUGCUUGUCAAGGCCAAGAACAUCUCGCUUGCCGAGAGCCAGCGCAUCCUCCACGACAAGAGGCAGGCAGGUAUGCUGGGCUCGUCAGGACAGCGGAAGGACGAGCCGAACGUCGUACCCGCCACUGUCCUGGAGCCCUCGACGUCGGCAACGGACACGACCACAACGACGGACUCGGAGAUCGAAUCACGGCUUCUGAGCGCCAAGCAGCUCGUGCGUCGGGUGACUCGGCGUGCGCAUCGUGGUGACAAGCCGGCCGCCAAUCCGGCUCCUCGACGCUCGAGCGAGGGCCUCGAUCCGCUCGAGGUCGAGCGAGACUCUCGGGAAGAAUUCGGUCGGGGCAGCAGCAAACAUGGCAAAAAGAUGAUGUCGGCGGCGCUCGCAUCCUUGCUCAUCUAUACGAUCGGCGUCAAGUGCCGAGGCUUCAACAAAAAGGAGUCGUAUGCCACGCAGCACAUGGUCUCGCUCUCGGAAAAGACGGCGCUCAAGCUGAUCCGCGAUCCGAUUUCAAACGAGGCGCUCGUCAAGCACAAUCGCACGCAUCUCACCCGCAUCUAUCCGUCCAUGACGAGCUUUGCGCGGCUCCACGCGAGUCGUAACUUUGUCCCGCUCGACAUGUGGGCGACCGGCUGUCAGCUGGUGGCGCUCAACUGGCAGACGACCGAUCUCGGAUUCGAGCUGAACCAAGCCAUGUUCGGCCGCAAUGGCCGAUGUGGUUACGUGCUCAAGCCCGUGGCACUGCGCGUCAAGGACAAGACCAAGUCGGUCGCGGGCAAGGCGCUGCGCUUCUCGCUGGACCUCAGCAUCGUCUCGGCGCAGCAGCUGCCGAAGAAGAGCAGGUCGGGCAAGGAAAGAGACAAGGACAGGGACAAGGCAAACACAUCGGAAGGGCGGGAUCCGAUCGAUCCGUUUGUUGUCGUGUCGCUGCUGGCGCCCGACUGCUGGGGCAAGCAGCCGAGGGGCUUGCUGCAGAAGUCGGCUGUGCGUAGAGUCGCAAAGUCUGCAUCUCAGCAAGUCGACGGGCAGAGGCAGGACAGUGGCGCCACAGCGAGCUUGACACAGAGCAGCUCGGAGAAAGUAGACACCAGGGCUGCCAUCCAAGAGAAUGGCCAUCACGAUGCGAGCGCAAGUGCUGGACAAUUAGACGGCAAAGCGCAGCUCGAGUCCAAGGGAUCAUGUUGGCAGGGGCUCGACGUCGCAGCCUCCACGAACGAGUCUGAGCGCCGAGCAAGCCUGAGCAGCGUCUGGCAUACGAGUAGUUUGGCACCCGCCCAGCUGCUCAGGACGCCGACGGUGCGGAGCAACGGCUUCAGCCCCGAAUGGCACACGGACAUGAGUCUGCUCAUCGACGUGCCGGCGAGCGCGAAUGCCGAAGUGAUGGCCCUCGUCGAAGCUGCCCAGGCUUCGGCAGCUAGCAUUCCGCUCGAUCAUGCCGAGCUGGACCGCAUAAGCCGCGGGCUUCUUGACCUGUGCUUUGUGCGCUUCGAGAUCUUUGACGACGAUCUCGAAGGCGAAGACAGCCGCGAUCCCGCACCAGCACCCCCUUCCACAGCGCCAGCGGACUCGACGAGCCCACCGAUCGAUGCGACGGCGAAGCUAGCGCUGGACACCGCAGCUGAUGGUAGCAAGACCGGCUCAGGAGCACGUGGCGGACCCGGAAGCGAGAGCUCCGUGGCAUCUUCCACCAGCUCCAUCGACGCCGACAGCGUGGCAGCAUACGCCGUGAGCGUAGGCGCUCUCCAGCAAGGAUACCGCCAUCUGCCACUGUACGACCACCAGCUCUCGCAGUUCCUCUUUUCCACCCUCUUUGUGCGCUCCCGUCUGCGCCUCGUCGGCGUCGUCGAUGCAACACCACCCCCGAAGAAUCAGUAG